AAGAAACUAAAUUGACAAGGAGGUAAACCCUCGCUCUGGUUUCCUUCUCCCGUUCGAGUGCUCGAGCCCUGUUCCUGGCCCCUCUCCUCGGUUCUAGGGUUUGGCUCACCCCUCAAGAGCGUCGCUUUCUUCGAGUCUGGUCCGCCGAUGGUCAAGUCAUCCUCAUCGAUCGCUCCGGGAGGAAUCUAGCCUCUAUCCUGUACGAUUUCGCCGUUCUUGAUCGCCCCGGGGAGUUGCGAUCCCGGACCGGCGACGAUGAGAGCUGUCUCGAGGUGCCGCGGCGCUUGCCGGCUGUUGCAAUGCGGAGGGAAGCUAACCGGCGGCCGCCCCAGCAUCUCUCGGAAUCUUGACCCGUUGAUCUGCCGGUUGGAUCGCUCUCUGAUCUCUGGUCGCGCUCUCUGUGAGAAAGGAAGCAGGGAGUUUCGAGACGAUAGAGUUGGAGCGUUGAAGAGCGCGAGCACUCUGCUUGCAGGAGAAAUUCCGCUCUCCGAUCGUAGUCGGGUGGAUGUAAUGAGAAAGAGCAGCUCCUUUGGACGCAUGCGUUGUUUUCUAUCGGAUUCUUCUCCGCCGAUAGGGAAUAGGCUUCUUAGAGACUUCGGAUAUUUGCAAAGAAGUCGUGCAUUGUUCUCAACAUCUGCUAGUGAGAUAGAAGCAACAAAGAGACUUGGUGGAGCUGGGAAUAAGAUACAGAAUGAUGUGACCAAAAAGGAAUCUGCAGAUGAACAAAUUGCAGACAUGACAAUCCUGCGUACUCUUGCGAAGUACUUGUGGUUGAAAGAUAAUAUUGAGUUCCGGUUUAGGGUAUUGAUGGCAUUGGGACUUCUUGUUGGGGCAAAGGUUAUAAAUGUUCAAGUACCAUUCUUUUUCAAGCUUGCUGUGGAUUGGCUCUCAGCAAUCACUGGUUCUGAUAAUGCGAUGGCAUCCUUUUCUGAUACUAAUUCCACUCUUUUGGCUCUUUUUGUGAGCCCAGCUGCUGUUCUAAUUGGAUAUGGAAUAGCGCGUACUGGGGCAUCAGCUUGCAAUGAACUGCGAAAUGCUAUAUUUUCCAAGGUAGCAUUAAGAGCUAUUCGUACCGUUUCUAGAAAGGUGUUCUCGCACUUGCAUGAUCUUGACCUUCGAUAUCAUUUAAGCCGGCAAACAGGUGCACUGAAUCGCAUAAUUGAUCGAGGUAGCCGUGCAAUAAACUUUAUUCUUUCAUCAAUGGUAUUCAAUGUUGUACCCACUAUACUAGAGAUAGCUAUGGUGUCUGGUAUUCUUGCAUACAAGUUUGGAGCUACUUUUGCUUGGAUCACUUCACUUUCUGUUGCUGCAUAUAUUGCUUUCACUCUGAUUGUGACACAGUGGCGAACUAAAUUCCGCCAAGCCAUGAAUAAAGCUGAUAAUGAUGCGAGUACCAGAGCAAUUGACUCACUGUUAAAUUAUGAGACUGUCAAGUAUUUCAACAAUGAAUCAUUUGAAGCUGAAAAAUAUGACACAUAUCUGAAGAGGUAUGAGGAUGCUGCAUUGAAAACUCAAAGUAGCCUUGCUCUUUUGAACUUCGGCCAAAAUGUUAUAUUUAGCACGGCUUUAUCAACAGCAAUGGUUUUAUGUUCAUAUGGAAUUAUGAAUGGUGCAAUGACAGUUGGCGACUUGGUUAUGGUUAAUGGGCUUCUCUUCCAGCUGUCUUUACCUCUUAAUUUCCUUGGAAGCGUGUAUCGUGAAACAAGGCAGAGCCUUAUUGACAUGAAGUCCCUGUUUCAAUUGCUUGAGGAGACCCCAGAAAUACGAGAUGGGCACAAAGCAGAACCAUUAAAAUUUAGAGGAGGAACCAUCGAAUUUAAAGAUGUAUAUUUUGGAUACCUAACAGACCGAAAGAUUCUUGAUGGAAUAUCUUUUGUUGUAUCGGCAGGAAAAAGUGUGGCCAUUGUUGGAACCAGUGGCAGUGGGAAGUCAACCAUACUUAGAUUGAUCUACAGAUUUUUUGAUUCAGAUUCAGGAUCAGUACGAAUAGAUGGUCAAGAUGUAAGAGAGGUAACCAUGGAAAGUCUUCGUAAGUGUAUUGGUGUUGUGCCACAAGACACUGUACUUUUCAACGAUACGAUAUUCCACAAUAUACAUUAUGGCCGGUUGUCAGCAACAAAGGAGGAGGUCUUUGAAGCUGCUCGACAUGCAGCUAUUCAUGAUACAAUCAUGAAUUUUCCAGAGAAGUAUGCAACUAUUGUUGGAGAGCGAGGACUAAAGUUAAGUGGUGGAGAAAAGCAGCGUGUGUCACUUGCUCGUGCAUUUUUGAAGGCACCUUCUAUUAUGCUUUGUGAUGAAGCUACUAGUGCACUUGAUAGCACAACUGAAGCAGAAAUCUUGAAUGCAUUGAAGACAUUAGCGAACAAUCGGACUUCGAUUUUCAUAGCUCAUCGGCUAACUACUGCAAUGCAGUGUGAUGAGAUUAUUGUUUUAGAGAAUGGAAAAGUAGCGGAACAGGGUGCGCAUGAAGUUCUCUUGACAAGGGCAGGAAGAUACGCACAGUUAUGGGCCCAACAGAACAACAAUGAUGCUGUGGAUGCUGCUGUCAAAGUCGAAGCUUGAAACUCGCGUUGGAUUGCCAAACAUACAAGCGAAAUUCUACUUGGGGAUGGUGAAGAUACAAUUUUUUUAUGUUUAUACAACAUAACGAAUUAUAUGGGUAAGUAUUUGUUCGGUGUUGUAACAUAAGCCAAUGUGCUGCAUUGCAACAUUAUAUUCAGACCGUUGUAAUUGAUGCUGUCUGAAUGCAGCUAAUAGCUAUUUGCUUUUGCAAAUUGAUGGACCAUGAAUGAUGUAUUGUUAGUUUUUCUUCAUUUAUUGCAAUAUUUUUAUCAAGUAUGUUCACCUCA